AUGGCGACUACCGUAGAAAAGAUCACGUCUAAAACAACGACAAUAAUGUCCCGUUCACCUGACAAUGAAGAUGGAUACUUUGUUGCCAUGGAUACAGAGGAUGAUUGUACAGAGACUCCUGGGAUAGGAGAGGAAUCGGAUGCAAAGAUGGGGUCCUGUAGACAAGAAGAUAGCAUGGAUAAUGGUGCCAAAGGACAGGGCAGAACCAUGAUGGAGUUGCCAGAGGAAGUUCUUGAGUAUAUUUUAUCCUUCCUGUCACCUUACCAGGAGCACAAGACUGCUGCACUUGUAUGUAAGCAGUGGUAUCGUCUCAUUAAAGGGGUUGCCUAUCAGUGUUACCAUGGUUUUUUGAGAGCUGUCCAGGAAGGAAACAUCCAGUGGGAAAGUCGCACAUACCCAUAUCCAGGGACCCCGAUCACUCAGCGCUUUUCACACAGUGCGUGUUAUUAUGACUCAAAUCAGUCCAUGUAUGUGUUUGGGGGAUGCACUCAAAGUAGCUGUAAUGCUGCCUUCAAUGACUUGUGGAGACUUGAUCUCAACAGUAAGGAGUGGAUCCGUCCCUUAGCCUCUGGGUCUUAUCCAUCACCUAAAGCUGGGGCGACUCUGGUAAUGCACAAAGAUCUGCUCGUGCUGUUUGGGGGGUGGACACGCCCCAGCCCUUAUCCAUUGCAUCAACCAGAGAGGUUUUUUGAUGAAAUCCACACCUAUUCACCAUCAAAGAACUGGUGGAACUGUAUAGUUACAACACAUGGACCUCCUCCUAUGGCGGGCCACUCCUCGUCCGUUAUUGGAAACACCAUGGUAGUGUUCGGUGGAUCAUUAGGAGCACGUCAAAUGAGUAAUGAAGUCUGGGUUUUGGACUUAGAACAGUGGUCCUGGUCCAAACCCCCCAUAUCAGGCCCAUCACCCCAUCCACGAGGAGGCCAGUCACAAAUUGUUAUUGAUGAGAAGACUUUGCUCAUCUUAGGAGGCUGCGGUGGCCCGAAUGCACUCCUCAAAGAUGCCUGGCUCCUCCACAUGGAGGCCCCAGCCUGGAGGUGGCAGCAGCUGCAGGUGGAAAACGAGGACCACGGAGCCCCGGAACUAUGGUGCCACCCGGCCUGCAGGGUCGGCCAGUGUGUGGUGGUUUUCUCACAGGCUCCUUCUGGCCGUGCACCGCUCAGCCCAAGUCUUAACUCUAGACCCUCCCCCAUAAGUGCCACACCCGCCCCUCUGGGCCCCGAGCCGCCUUCCCUGCGCUCUCAGUCUCCCGUGCGGAGCGGGGCUGCUGGUGUUGUCCUGGGAGCUGCUGAAGAGGCUCCAUGUGUGAACGGUCGAUGGGGCACUCUCAGACCUCGACCCUCAGCUAGAGGCAGUGCCAGAGAUGGGAGCCCAUCCUCCUCCCAACAGCAGUCGCCUUCACAGGGCCCAGACAGCCCUCCCCUUCCUCCCCUCCCCCCUCUAAUAAAUGGCUCCUCUCCCUCUCCUCGGACCAGUCCAGCACAGGCUGCAUCCCCUCCCUCUCGCCCUCACCUGCCUGCCUCCACAGACUAUGGCUGGGAGUCUCCACCCUCUGCUGCUCCGCACCCCGAGGUUCCCAGCACGAACGGCCUGCACACGCCCCCCUCGGGCUCCCCACUCACGCCUCCGGGAGCGGUUUCCCCUGCUGCCUUACGACGUGGGCUGGAGGCAGUGAAAAACAAAUCUUCCUCAUCGUUACCAUCGUCAUCUUCGUCGUCUUCCCUUCAGACACAGGGGGCUUCUCCAAUAGGAGGAGGAGGAGGUGGAGGAGGGGGAACAGGUCCUCCUGGAACCCCCCCAUCUUCAUCCUCCAGCCCGCCACAAGCUGUCGGAGCUGAUGGACACGCUAUCCCGCCAAUAGCGCGGCGCCUCGGCCACCACCCGCCGCAGAGCCUGAACGUAGGAAAACCUCUGUACCAGUCCCUUAACUGCAAGCCCAUGCAGAUGUAUGUGCUGGACGUGUCCCGCGCCAAAUCUGCCGGAGUCGUGUCCUGGAGAGUCUACGGGAACGGAACCCCGGCGGCAGUAACGGGGCCUCCAGAGACCAGCCUUCACACCGUCGUACAGGGCAGGGGAGAGCUCAUCAUUUUCGGGGGCCUCAUGGACAAAAAACAAAAUGUGAAGUACUACCCUAAAACCAACGCCUUGUACUUUGUACGCGCUAAGAGGUAAUGCAUCUGCAGGUGUGAUCGGGCAGACAGACGCUCCGCCCUGUGACCACAUGAGGGAACUGACACACAAAGCCUUUUUUUCCUGUAGGAAAGAUUAUUAAAAAAAUAACAUAAUCAUUGCUAGAUGUUUCACUUCAGAAAUUCACUAUUGUCCCUUCUGCCUCCUGCAAGCGUUCAAAAGGAAACACUUUAACUACACUUUGAUAAAAAUAUUUGCUUGAAUGAAAAUUGUGACUGUAAGUUUGUGUGUGUG